CUGACAGCAUCGGACUCAGCCAGAUGAACUCGUGGUGGGUGUAUGUCCUCUAUGCACUGGCCACAUGCGAAAGCCUCGCUAGGGCCUUUGUGUGUGUUGUGAGCCCAACUAGCGUCACGAAGGAGCACGUCUCUCGUGAUGGUUCCCAGUUGAUGUGUACAGCGAGGGGUGUGGACCAUCUAGAGAAGCAACGAAUACAGGCUGCUACCACUGCCGCUGGCGGGGGGUUAGUGAAGACUGCUUCCUUAGAGCGCGUGAUGGAAGGUCUUGGGGAAAACGAAAAGUAUAAUGCUGUGCUGCAAGGUGUGUCGAGUAUCGUGAUGGGCAAGAAGAAGGUCGGGGACGCCGCUCGGGGCGCGUUUGAGGAGGUAUUUCAACUCCUUGACGAAAUGCACGCCAACAGGAUCAAGUGCUCAAUACGGACCGCCUCGGCCGUGGUCGAUGCUGCCACGGCUACAACGGACAUCGGCAUUAUUACGAAAGUCUUCUCAAAAAUUCGACGAGCUGGGGUUGGGCAGAAGUUUUCCCGCGAUCUCGGGCGAUUGUCUCUCUUGCCGACGGAAGCUUCGAAGAAGGAGAAGGCUCUUCGGGGCCUUGUACCGGUGCCCGAUGACGACCGAGCCCAAGAAAUAGGAUAUGCCGCAUCUUUCAUGGUGCUGGUCGGCUCUGAUUUUUCCUGGGAAGGAAUUGGACAAGUGAUGCACUACGAUACUACCAUACCAACGGUGAUUGGCGCGGUAACUGCGGCUGCUGUGGGCAUCGAUGUAUGGAAGAGGUCCGGUUGCACCUCGAAGAUGGUUCUUAAUGGCAUGAACAGGCUCUUUCUGAAGGACGUCGAGCGCGAGAGCCGGGCAGAGGCCGGAGCCUUCUUGACAGCGUAUAUGACGGGUCUGCCAUGCUUCGCCUUCCAGCCCAGUGCGGUUGAGGCCCUCCGGAUGGCCGCCGAUCCCGACAUGAAGGAGACGUUUUUGAAUGGCAACGGCGUGCACCGCAUCCUGGUUUGGCUUCUGGCCGGGGUAGCGGGCGAAGGGCUGGUUCACCGACAAAUGAUUGCUAGCGAUCCUCGUCAAGCCUUCGCGUUUCUGCAGAUGGUCCGAAAUAGGGAGGAUGGAUUCGAACUGGACCCUGAAGACGAUUCUGAACGAGUACAGUGGGCUUUUAACGAGGCCAGAGCACUGCUCAAGGACAACGAGGGCGCAUUUGAGGCGUUGCGACGGAGACUAGAGGGUGGUGGAGCAACGGUUGGCGAUUGUGUGUCCAUCAUCGAGAGAAGGACAACCUGAACGUCCGUGUAUGUACAACGAAGAGUAUCCAGUGUCUCCACGGAAAAUACCAAACCCGGUGCAAAGUGUUGGAUGGACGGGUGCGGAAAAGCUCGUGUGGUUGCGUUUGAGACAAGAGCGGGAAGGGGCAGAUGACACCGUGCGUACUUGGUUUACUUGAAACUGUCCUGAUACCGGACUAGUCAGCAGACCCUGGGAAAGGCCAUGAGACCCCCUUUCCGUUUCGCCCAUGAAAUUUGGUCCUCUAACAGGCAUUGGGGGAGAGAGGGCAAGGGAAAGAAGUGCAGAUAGAGAGCGCAGGGCACUUGGAAAGCUCUGGGAGCUAACUGCCUUCUACGUCCACAAGGAGCUUGACAACGGUCCGCAACGCGGUGUUUGGACUCCCCUGGGUAUUUGAUGGGUUGACGGUUGGUGUUGUUGUCGCUCGCAGAGCUGCCUAGGCGUACAGCCACGGAUGUUUCACACCCUCCACCCUUCAAUGAACACAAAUCAAUGAUCGGUGAGCUAACACACUUUUGACCGGCUGCAGCCGGAAAUGGCAAUCCCGUCGGGAUCAUAAGUGCUGCUCAGAGAUUAGCAUACACCAACACAACCGCAGUUAUUCAUGGCCCUGGUAACAAUUGUUGCUCCUUGAGCGAGAUAAGUAGAUUGUUCAUGGUAUAGGGUGUUGGAGCAUGUGUGAUGUGGUGCAAGUGCUCUACAUACAGCAAGGCAUGCUUGGCAAACCAGCAGCAGUGUAAUGUUUUUCUACUCAGACCGAGGUGAAAAGAAUAACUUGCAGUUUG